GCACUUACCUGUGCCCGGUGCACCGGUAGUGUUGACUGUUCCAUCUCAUGCUCAGCACCUGUUACUCAACGACCUCGAGGUACGCAGUACUGUACUCAUUCCAUGGUCCUUGACUUGAGCGCAGUCGACACCACUGUUCAAAACUAUACAUUUGAUCUGACUAUUUCUUUGGUAAAUUAAUGCUAGCUACCUAGCAUACAGAAUAGUUACCUUUUCAGUAGAUCUACAUGUACAUGUACCGCGCAAGUUAUUUAGCUCAAGAACCAGCUAGGCCAGGGCGGGUAGUAAGAAUUUCCAAGGUUUUGCUCCACGCUAUAGCGGUGCAGCGACGAUGGUGUUCCUCGGUGGAGCUUUGAUUCCACAUGGAGCGAUGAUAUUGGAUCCCGAGAAACCUGGGCUUCCGAACGGCGCAGUUGAACUGCACGAGAAGACCAUGGAGAUGGCAAGAGAAAUUGCCGCACUGAAUGUGGAAGUGCUUGUCCUGCUCACACCGCACGGCCUCAGCUUGAACAAAGACAUUGGCGUUUACCUGAACGGUGAAGCAGACGGCACGGCUGAGUGGAACGAGCAAUGGAAAGAGUUUGAAGUCAAGACGGAGCUAAGUCGUACGAGAAGUACGGAAUUGCUUGAGGCAUGGCAAAGUGACGGUGUGUCUGCCCAGGGCUUGAUGGCAUUCUCGGACCUUCGCGCACCUCUGGCUUGGGCUGAAGUCAUUCCGCUUUGGUUUCUCAAGGAGGCCGGUUUCAAUGGAGAGAUUGUGAUUGCGUCCAUUCCUUGGUCACGUAAGAGGAGCCGCAUGGCGAUAGACUCAAACUGCCUGGAUGAGUACUAUCAUGCUGGAGACAGAAUAGCUCACUACUGUACGGAGACGAUCUGGAAGGAAAAGCGAGUCUUCCUUGGUGUUUCAGGUGACCUGGCUCACACCCACCAACCGUCGGUCACCGAUCCGCUCUACCUGCCCGACCCCCAUUCCAAUUUCAAGUACUGUACGACGGACGCCCGUGAGUUUGACCGGCGCUUCGAGGAGUGGGCGCUGGACAGCGCGAGGGGGAAGUCCCUGGAGUCGCGCUGCAUCGAACUGGAGCGCACGGCUCUGUCGUGCGGGAUUUGCGGCUGUCUAAUUCUGGAAGGCGCACUGCACGUGUUUGAGCAGAAGGGCGAGGCGUACCCCGGGAAGCUAUUCAUCAGAUGCGCACCGACGUAUUAUGCCAUGAUGUCGUGUUUGUUCGUACGCUAGCGCUAGCGAGCCUGCUCCUGUCCACCUCGGGGUGGUAUUGCGGCAACUCAAACUGUUUUCCGACCUAGUCACCAUUCAACUGUCUACUUUCAGCCUCACACAUCACUCCACCUAGCAAAUCACAACACAUUUCUUAUGCUUUUGAAAAGACACUAUUCACAAGGUGGACCAUCCAGUAAAACCUGAAACUCGAGACCACCGUGACUAACGACCAGCCUGGUACUAAAGACCACUUCGCCAGGCACAGACUGUCUCACAAUCAUAUAUUAUGGUUGUGCGGUGCAAACCUCUAACUAAAGACCACCUGCCACUAAAGACCGCUUUCUCUGGCCCCAAGGGGGGGGGGGGGGGGUCGUUAGUCACAGCUUUCACUGUAUUCAAUUUCCUAGGCAUUCCAAUCACAACCUACAUGUAUUUCAGUGUGUACUUGUGCAAGCUUUCUGCAACACGUGUACCAGCAUUCAGAAAGCUGUUGAAAGGUGCAAUGCCCCCUCGAGAAUUUUUUGACAAUGAAUGUGAUUUUCUGCCGAUUCGAAGUACACGUGCCGUGGCCACUUUUUCUUAUCAAACUUUGCUUAGGUUCAGCCCAUGCACUUGAUCUGGCCUUAAUGCUGGAAUAAUCCCUUGCCACAAUUCAUAUUAGUUUGUUUCGUAAGAACGAGAGUAUGUCAAGUUACGUAGGUAUCAUGAUUCUUUUGUCAAUAUUGAAAAAUAGCUGCUGGGAUGAUCCAGUGAUGCAAAGCGGAAUAGGGCAGCUGCUUACUCCGGCUACUGUCAAUUAAGUGUUUGUAUGUUGCUGUUGCUGCUGGUGCUGCUGCUAUUGCUCCUAAUGUUGAGGUUGGUGCUGAUGCGGCAGAGACAGCUAUUACUGCCACUAUUGCUGCUGCUGCGGCCUCUGCUGCUGCCACUGCAGACUACAGUAGCUGCUGCCACUGCUGUUGCUGGUACCGUGACUGGUUCCACUGCUGUUGCUGGUAGCAUGACUGAUUCCACUGCUCUU